AAAAUGGCGGACAAGUCAUUUUCCCAAAAUAAAAUACUCUAAACUACUUGAUUUUUAUAGAAGUUAUAGGCGAAAUUGUCAGUGCUUAGUUGUGCUGCUAUUGCAAGAGUACCACACUCAGUGAUGUAUCAUUACAGCAAGCCCAGGAAUAACCCAAGAACAUCUGUAAACCCAAAAGAGAACAUAGUGUAUGGACCCCAGGGCCAGGGCUUAGGACUUCAAGCAUCUGGUAGUGCUAUAAACGAACGUCUACAGAGACAGCACUCUGAGGUGAAGGUUGCCCAGAAUGUGGGGACAACCCGGGCACCUCAAGACUUGCUCAACAACAACAGUCUCAUCAAAAGAAUCUCUCAAAGCGCAGAAAUGACACAUACUGUAGAUAAAACUGAACGCAAUAGAAACAAACGUCAACAAUACUCGCCAUCAUCUGCAGUCGCACAUGAUCUUACAAACGCAACAAGUGUCAACUCUGAUGAGGGUGACCCCUCAAGGCCAUAUAGUGCAUCAUCUGGAGAUAAAAGAAUGAGGUCAAAGUCGAGGUCAAAAUCUCGAACUGAAUCUAGAUCAGGGGUCAUUUUACCAGGUGACCGUGUUGUGUUUGCUGAGAGUCCCUCUGCUCCUGGAGUCCCCAUUGUAUACCGUACACCAGAAGAGAGGAGUGCCAACCCAGACAGACUCAACCUGGACAGGCGUAAGCUGGAAAUAUGUCCCAUACUAGAGGGGGAGGAUCAGCUACGUCUUUUAAACUAUCAGCACAACCUAAUCUCAAAGAUACAGCAUCUCAGCAGCUUCAAACGACUCAUCUUCCUAGAUUUGUACGACAACCAGAUUGAGGAAAUAUCAGGUCUUAGUGCAUUGAAGUCACUCAGGGUUCUAAUGUUAGGCAAAAAUAGGAUCAAGAAGAUUGAGAACCUGGAGCCACUUAUGAAGCUUGAUGUCUUAGACUUACAUGGAAACAUGAUCAAUAAGAUUGAGAAACUGCGCCAUCUAGUGGAGCUGCGUGUGUUGAAUUUGGCGGGGAACAACAUUAGUCUCGUAGACAGCCUCAUGGGAAUGGAUGCACUGGCUGAACUUAAUCUUAGACGAAACAAAAUCACUCAUGUGGCUGACAUUGACAACCUGCCUAGCCUACAAAGAUUGUUCCUCAGCUUUAAUGAAAUAACAUGCUUCGAAGACAUCAGCUGCCUUGCAGAGAGCACUAGUCUCUCAGAAGUGUCCUUAGAUGGCAACCCAUUUGCCCAGGAUGCCAGCUACAAGCAGACUGUACUACGUCAUAUGCACCAGCUCAGACAGCUGGAUAUGAAGAGAGUUGCAGAGGAGGAGAGGAGGAUAGCAGCUGUGAUGGCUCGCAAGGAAGAAGAGAAAAAGAGAGAAAGUAACAAAGCUGCUCAGUUAAAGGAAAAGCGACGACUAGCAAUAAAAAAUGCUCAGCGCCAAUGGGAAGUAAUGCAAGGGAGCAUUAUAGGGAAAACAGGAGCUUUAGGACGUAUGCCAGAAUUGUAUGCCAAUCACAUUGGAACAUAUCCAAGCUCUGAGAUAACACCACCAUCGCGUCUGGGGUCAGGCUCUGGAGAGUCCCCCCAGCCUAAUAACACCCACUACCCCCCAGAUGAAGAAGAAUUAGAGUCUUUAACAAGUCAACGAAGUGAGCUCAUAACCGGGCGAUCUAGUCGACCCACAAGUGCCAAAAGCAGCCACUCAGAUCUGCCACCUCCACAUCCAUGGAAGCAUGAACGCCCGAUGUCAGACACCACACCAAAUAUGGGCAACCAAGCCAGCCAAUCAAAUUCAAGUAGCAGCUUAAGCACCAGCCGCAGUGGGAAAAACCUGUGUCACCUUGCUGAGCUAGAGGGGGACACACUGAAUCUGUAUGGGACAGGGUCCCUAGAGGCCCUGGACAGGAAUUGGGGAAUACAAGCCGCAGGAGCUGUCACUUCCGUUAUCUUCAAGUUCAUAGACUUUGACGAGAUUGUCAAACAUCUGCACAAAAUUAGAGCAAGAUUUCCAAGUGUUGUGUCGCUAACUUUUAACUCCACAAACAUAAGUUGCCUCAGACAGUUGAAUGCUCUAGCAUCUGUGAGGAGAUUGGAUAAUCUUGUGAUCACAGAAAAUGGAAACCCAAUCACACAGUUCACUCUGUGGAAGAUCUAUACUUUGUUCCGAUUGGCUCAUUUCUCAAUACGCAAAAUCAAUGAUGUGGAGGUGACUGCAUCAGAUAUAGUAAGUGCAGAGAAACUGUUUGGAACUUUAGCACAUAUAACCACAUCACAGCUUCCCCAGUCUAGACUUCUGGCACUUUUAGGGAAAAAGCAGAUGCAAGCUUUGACAGAAAAGGGUAAAAAAUCUCCAGAUGAUUACCAGAAACUUUCUGAGCGGUCUACUGUUGAAUCUGUUGGUAGAGCUGGUCUCACCUAUAACUCAGAACCAUCAAGCAGUAAAACUCAGGAGAAGAAAACUAAACAGCAAUUCUCUAUGAACUACAUUAAAGAUCUCACAACUCAGGCCAUAAUGACUGACAAAAAGAAACAAACAUUACAAAAAGUCUGGCCUCAGAUAUUCUAUGACUUAGUUCAAAAUGCUGUCAUUGACAUGGCUGAUCCUGGUAGUUACAUGAAAAGAUGUAUGGAACAGUUAGAAAAAGGAUGAUAUGGAUCAAUAUGAAUUGUAUGUGUUGUGAAUAUAAUUUGAAGAAAAUGAAUGUGCUAUCGAUCAAUCGAGCAGUACACAGUGGACCAUUUAGGUCACAUUUACACCAAAAGGGAUCUAUGUCAUUUCGGGAAUAUGAAUGGAAAACUUGGAUCAAUGAAGGAGUAAAGGACAUUGCUAGUAUGAGCAGCACUAGAAGAAAAACUUGAAUCUUAAAGCUUUGUGAUAUGAUAAUGAUUUGUAAUAUGAUAUCCAGUCCACACAUUUUAGAUACACAAAUUGACUUCAUUAUAGAGAGAAGUAGGGAGUAAAAGCAACUGAACUCAGAGCAGUACCUCUUUAGACUUGAAUGUGGUCCAUCUGUGAUAUAUCACCUAAUUCAGUAGAUCUGUGAUUUAUGAGUGUCAGGAAAAUUGGACAUUGUAAUUCCAAAGAAUUUUACAGAACAAUUACUCUAAUGAAUAUUAAUGUUAUCUCAUUUCCCUUGUUCAGUAGUCAUAUUUUGUGCAAUAAAGUCCAAAAGGGAAUAUAAGGUAAAUGAUUACAAGUUUACAGUGUUCCAAAAGGAAAAGAACUAGUAUUGUAAUUGAAUUAAAAAAUAAGUCACCACCCAAUGUUAAACCUCUGAGACUCAAUUAGAAUUGCAUUUAUUCAUUCCAGAUUAAGAAUAAUUCACAUAACCAACAGCUGUGGAAAUCACAGCCCCUUAGAUACUAGCAUGUAAAAUCUUUCUGAUUUACUAGAAAUUCUAGUCUUGUAUGUUCUCGUGAUAUAUCAAACCAUUCCAAAUACAGGAUGUUCAACAUGUUCAAUGAGUGCUAGAAAAAUGUUCAAAUUAUUUGUUUCAUACUUUUUACUUUGAGCUGGGGAACAAUAUCAUUUACUCAUUCUGAAUACUAGAUACGAUAAGAUCUUACAUUCUGAACUGCUAUCUUUUAAUAUGGAGCAAUCUUUAAGUGUAUGUAUGGUAAUGUGUAGCAAAGAUUGCUCCAGAUGAUGAAAGGCGCAUUACAAAGUCCACAGUGUCCGCAUUAUCUUGAAAUGGAUUGAAAAAUGGGGUCAAUACAUGUACAUGUAUAUUGCAAUGUAGAAGCUGGUCUAUUACAGUAAACAAAAAUAUGAAAUAAUUUUACAUUACAUUAUUCUAGUACCUAUUGGAUUACCUGUAUGUUAUAUCAAUGCUGAUAUAAUUUAUAAGACAUAGAGGAGAUAUAAGAUGUUUAUGUAUCUGUAUAUACAGACUCUUGUCCAAGUGACAUUAAACUAUAUAAACUACUGUAUAAUGUAUUGUAUUGAAUGUCUCCAAGUAGACAUUUUCUUACAAAGUGACUAUUAUAUAGUCCAAACAUAAUUCAAAAUAUUAGAAUAUAAAAUUUAAUUUGAUAGAUUUUAAAUGACUUAAUUUUAUUGCCUUUGUACUGACAUUGAUGCAAUGCAUAGUACUUACUAAAAUAGAAAUAGUACAUGUAACUGCCAAUUAAGGACAUUGUUCAAACCAUUUUCUCUGGAAGAAUGUGGAUAUAGAUUCAGCCCAAGGGCGGGAGUAUAAAUAAAUCCAAUCACAGAAUAGAAAUGAAUUACUUAUAUCCUGUCUUCUGAACAUGUAUGUGGCCAAAUAUUGCCAAGGAAAAGAAUUUUGCACUUUUCCCAAAAAUGUUGGCGGUAGUUAUUUGUUUUCUUAUAAACCCCAUACAUAUUCUGUAAAAAUAAACAAGAAGAGGCUUCAAUGAUAUCAGUGUUCAUUAGUAAUUUUCAUCUCCCCCAGUAUUAUUCCAGGGUAUUAGUUCAUUUGUUUUGUAUCACAUGACCAAAAAUAAGCCCUUGAGCAUCCAAAAUAUGUAUGGGAUUUAUGAUAGCAAGCAUCAUCUAGAAAUAAGACUACCAGUUUGAUACAAAACA